GAAAGGAAGGGGGGGGUAGGGUGGGAAAUCUAGCAAAGCCGUGGAGUGAGGGCCAGGCAGUGGGGCCGGAGCAAUCGAUAGCAGGGAGGGGAGAAGGAGGCGGGAGACUGGACUAGAGGAAGGGAAGGAAGAGCAGGGGCGGAGAGGGGAGAGGAGGCACCCCCCCCCAAGCCACAGCAGUAGGCCCUGGUUCUUUGGCCACCAAGACCCCCUCACCCCAUGGGGGGAGCAGCAAAGGUGCAAGGGCCAUAGAGACCCCCGCCAGCCCCAGAGGGGUCGGGUCCCUCCUCCGUUCCAGGGUGAAUGGAGCCACGGGAGGGCGAAGGGGAGGGGGAAGGGGGGCCAGCGGCUCCUGAUGCAUUGGGGAGCAGCCUGUCCCUGGCAGCCCCCAUAGGGCCCCCCAGCUUCGAGUCGCUGCUCUCGCAGGUGGGGGUGGUGGGGAGGGCCCAGCAGGUGCAGCUGGGCUUGAGCUGCCUGCCCCUGCUGUUCGUGGCCCUGGGUCUGGCCUCAGACCCCAUCCUCACCCUGGUGCCGCCCCUGAGAUGUCGCCAGGCCAAUGCCUCAGGAUGGGAGCCGACCCUCAACGCGAGUGAAGAGACCUGCUCCCCACCCCCACCCAACAGCACCCGGUGCCCCCAUGGCUGGGACUACAGUGGUCUCCCUGUGCUCCGUGGCAACAUGGUCACCCAGUGGGAUCUAGUCUGUGAAAGGGGCUGGGAGGUAACGCUGGAGCAGAUCCUCUUCCUCUUGGGCUUUGCCUGUGGCUACCUGGGUCUGGGCCAUCCUACAGACAGGUAUGUAUAUGCAGGGCAGGAGUGCAUUGCACUAGGAGACCACUCUAAGGAGCAAGUGAAAACAGUCCCUGCUCAGGGACCAGAUCAACAUGUAACUUUAGGUGCGUGCCCAUAUAAUCACUUCAGUUUCUGGAGUAUACUUCCCUCUUUCCCUCUUUCCCUCCCUUCCCAAGAUCUGGAGAAUACUUGUCCCCUUCCUGCAACUGCCCAGAUCUCGCUUUCAGCCUUACUCAGCUGUCGAAACAUCUGGAAAAACCUACUUAUCCUGGGCUUCACCACCUUCAUUGCCCAUGGGAUUAGGCACUGCUACCAGCUUGUGGGAGGAGUGGGACGAAAGUCCCAGGUCGACUUCAACCUGUAUUCUCUGCUGGCUGGAGGCACAGCUGGCUUGGCCUGUGUCUUCCUGGGGGUUACCGUUGACCGUUUUGGCCGCCGGGGCAUCCUGCUGCUCACUAUGACCCUCACCGGCAUUGCCUCUCUUGUGCUGCUGGGCCUGAGAGAUUAUCUGAACGAUGUGGCCAUCACCACUUUCUCUGUGCUCGGACUCUUCUUUGCCCACGCUGCCGGUGUUCUCAGCAUCCUUCUUGCUGCAGAGGUCAUCCCUACGACAGUCCGGGGACGUGGCCUGGGCCUAAUCCUGGCAUUAGGAGCACUAGGCCAGCUGAGUGGUCCAGUACAGCGGCUCCAUGCUGGCCGAGGUGCCUUCUUGCAGCACGUAGUCUUGGCAGCCUGUGCCCUUCUCUGCAUUCUUAGCAUCAUGCUGCUGCCUGAGAGCAAACGCAAGGCCCUUCCAGAGGCUCUUAGGGAUGGGGAGCUCUGCCGUCGGCCUUCCUUGCUAAGGCCGCCACCCCCAACCCGUUGUGACCAUGUACCCCUUCUUGCCACACCAACGCCUGCCCUCUGAAUGCUGCGUGUUGGGUCUGCAACAGGAGAAUGGGGCACUGCCUUCAAAAUGCAGAGGCUAAUAGAUGCCAUGAAGGAGAUGAGAAACAUCCUAGCAUGCCAUGUUGGUCAUACAAAGCCCAAGAUAGGCCCAGAGUGGGCUCUUGGGAAGAGGGAAGUCUGGCCACAAAACAUGAGUGAACCUCAUCCAAUAGGAAGAUGUAGUUCCCAAGAAGGCCAUGUGGAAAGUGGAGUUAAGUGCAUCCCAACCCAUGGGAUGCCACCAUUAGACAAGGGGAGAUUCACAAGCCUGCUUCACUUACUCCUCCCUGCUACUUUGUAGGUUUCCCCCACCCCCCAAGACUGGUGUCUGGGGGAGGGAUCAUGGGGUUCUGUACAGCAAUCCCCUAGGCAAAGGACACAAGUGUGGACUGCAGUGAGAACAGCAGGCCUCUCUAGUCUCACCCAAGGAUACCCAGACUUCACACACUGGGGCCUACUACUUAUAUUUCAAUAAAGAAAUUUUAAAUGAAAGAA